AUGCCGUUUUCUCUGUCUACAGUCACCGUUUUAGUCCCGGUCCUGUCCUUAAUUGGCCUCCUGUACUCCUCGAGUGUGGAUGAAAACUUCCCGCAGGGCUGCACUGACACCACCAGUGUGUGUUUUUACAGUCUGUUGUUGCCCGUCACUAUUCCCGUGUACGUCUUUUUCCAUCUGUGGAAAUGGAUGGGAAUCAAGCUGUUCCGACACAAUUAAGAUGUAAAUAAAGUUUUAUUUAGACAACCUGAAA